CCCGCCUCCCUGUCCCCCCAAAACAGUACUUCUGUCUUGUCAGGAUUCAAUCUCAAUCUGUUAGCCACCAUCCAUCCAUCUUUCAGCCAAGAACCAUGGGGUGGUUUGCAUCGUAGCUCAUUAUUUUGAGAUGCUGAUAGAAAGGGCCGCAUCGAACCUCAAUCCGGCCCUGAAUUGAUUGCUACCGAUUUGAAUGGAAAGCUGAUUUUCAUAGGGUAGGGGGGCACCAGUGGUGCAUUGAUGGAACCAAGAGGGUGGUGGUCCCCAGAAUUAGGAGACCCCCCCGCGCGCUCUAUAUAUCCCAGGGAGUUGCAAGAAAAGGGUCCACGUCGUCUCCACCCCCGUGAAUCUGGGAUGUCGCAACCAGACGAGAGAGGAGGCCUGGGAAGCUGGAGGGAGGAGCCGCGUUGCAAAAAAAGGAGGCGCGUUUUGCAGCAGGGAAGGCGAAGAAGCAGCCGGACCGGGUCUUGGGCUUUGCAGCCGGGUUGCCAACUGACCCGAAGGAAGCCCCGCCCCCGGCUGCUCUUGUGCCUCCCCGAUGCCCUGCUACGUCCGGGGAGGGAGGAGCCGCGUUGCACGAAAAGGGGAAAAGAAGCUCUCCUUUUUUGCAGGAAAGGCCGGGCGCUUUGCAGCCGGGUUGCCAACGGACCAGAAGAAAAGCCCGGCUGCUCCUGCGCCUUCCGCUGCCCCGUGACGUCGGGGAAGGGAGGAGCCGCCUUGCAAGGAAGAAAGGCUUUUCCUGCACGAGAGGCUUCUUUGCAGCUUCGCUUCUGCAGCCGGGUUGCCAACUGACCCGGAGGAAAGCCUGGGUUGCUGCUGCUGCUGCUGCGCCUUCUUGCCGCCGCGCCAGCUUCUUGCUCCAGGAUGGAGAAAACCUGAGGCGGUCGUAGGGUUUGUUUUUGGGGUGAGGAGGACCGUGUUGCGGCAAACCUCGGCAUCUUUCAUGGAGGUGACGUUUGAGGACGUGGCCAUCUACUUCUGCCGGGAAGAGUGGGCGGAAUUAAUUCCGUGGCAGAAGGAACUCUACCGGGGUGUGAUGGUGGAAAACUACGAGGCGGUCCUUUCCGUGGGCCGCUUGUCUGUGAAACCAGAGAUCAUCAGCAAAAUCGAACGGGAGGAGGCCGAGCUGUGCAUUGGAGAGUUUUGGAAGCCCCCCCAGUGGAGAGACCCUUCGGGCCAGUGGCUAGCAGGAGAUGGCAUCAGGAUGGCAGACGAUGAAGACCUCGAAAGGGCAGCCCCCACUCGGCGGCGGCGAGGGAGAAGGAAGAAGGUCCCGUCUUCAACAACAGAGAAGCAGAUGGCGAUCGUGCCCCCCAAGGACAAGGGGCCCCCAAAGUUGACGCUGAAGAUGAAACCUGCAAAGUGUCCCGAGUGCGGCAAGAGCUUCCUGAGCAACGUGGCGAUGGUCAUCCACAUCCGGACGCACACCGGGGAGCGGCCCUUCAAGUGCCACCUGUGCCCCAAGGGCUUCCCCUCGCGGGGGGACCUGAAACGGCACAUCAAGACCCACCUGCGCCCCAAGCGGAGCCCGCCUCCCCCCGUGGAGGCCGCCUGUGGGGGCAAGAAACGGCUGGCCGCCAAGCUGCAGCUGCAGCUGCUGAGCCACCUGCAGCGCCCGCCGGACCCCCAGAAGCCCCACGUGUGCGCCCAGUGUGGCAAGGGCUUUGGCACGCCCCAGAGCCUCCAGAAGCACCAGGGGACGCACUCCACCGAGCGCCCCUUCUCGUGCGCCCAGUGCGGGAGCAGCUUCCGCCUGAAGCAGAUCCUGGUGGCGCACAUGGACUGCCACGCCACCGAGCGCCCCUACCAAUGCCAGGAGUGCGGGAAGACCUUCGUGCAGGAGCGUGGCCUCCGCAGCCACCAGAUCGUCCACACGGGCGAGAAGUGCUUCUCGUGCGAGGCCUGUGGGCGCCGCUUCGCCUACAAGCAGCACUUCCUUAAGCACCUCCGCCUGCACACUGGCGAGCGGCCCUACUCGUGUGCCGAGUGCGGGAAGACCUUCCGGGACCGGGCGACGCUCAGUAUCCAUAACCGGAUGCACACCGGCGAGCGCCCCUACAGCUGCCCGUUCUGCGGCAAGGCCUGCCGGCAGAAGCAGCACCUCAACAGCCACCUGAAGGUGCACCGGGGAGAGGUGCUCCCCCCCAGCGAUGGCACGGGACGGGCCCUGCAGAAGGCCUGGGCGAAGGAGAAGCCCCACGCCUGCCCCAGGUGCGAGAAGCGCUUCCGCGACAAGCGGGUCAUGAGGGCCCACCUGCUGACUCACGAACAAGAGUCCUUGUCCGCCGGGGACGCUGGCCCGGCCCAGGCAGAGGCCAAAUCCGCCAGCGGGAGAGGCGGGGGUCGGAAGCAGCCCACCUCUCUGCAUGCAACUGCCCCCCCUGAAAAGUUGCCUUUUGGGUGUGCUCAUUGUGGGAGGAAGUUUCCGCAGCGGAAAUCCCUCCUGUUGCAUCAGAGGAGCCACAGGUGAGGAGAGAUGGCUCCCGCAGAGAGUCCAAUCCUGGCUUCCUUUUGGGAGGGAGCCUUGCAUUUUGACAGCAGUACAUCGCACUGAGCAAGUCAAACCUCAUGAAGAAAGCAACUCGUGUCGUGCCCUCUGAUUAGUUCUUGAGACCGAAAGUCCCUGUCACUGCAGCGCCUUCCCCAAGCAAUCGGAGACUGCACCUGCAAGAAGCCUCUCUCUCCCCUGCCCUUUUCAUGCCUCUUCUGGUUCUGGGAGAGCAUGGCAGAGGUG